AUGCCCAGCCGCCCUCUGCUGGCCCCCGAGCAUGCGAACAUCUACGACCUCUUGUUUGAUGCGCAGGUCAGUGAGAUGCAGGUGGUGCUCAAGGACAUCCGGACGGGCAGGCAGAUACCCGUGAAGGACGUCCUGGCAGAAGAGGGACAGUAUGCUGUGCGGCUGGUGCGCUUCUUCCGCUACUAUGAGGAGAGGUCAGCCCGGAUCGGUUCCUCUCUCCAGACAGAGGGGCGGAAGGAUGUGGCCGAGCACCACUCCAGCAACCAGGACGAGGAGUUCAUGAUCCACGAGCUUCUGGCCAUGAACAAGAACCUGGGCAACUUCCUGUGGACUGGCUUCAUGACGCCCGCCACAGCAUUCUCCCCCACGAACCGCUUCGGAGUGGACUUGUUGGAAGUGGUUCUCCAGGUGGAGUUGGCGCGCUUGGGCGGGGUCUACCGUGGCUUCAGUCGGGGUGUUGUGGAUGCUGAACAUUCGCUGGUGGGCCACUAUUCUCUGACAGGCUUGGUGUUGUUUCCCGCAACUUGGGUAGAAAUGGCGAUGCACGUGCAACUCCUUGCGUCGGGUGAGUCUGUGACAACGCUUGAUCCAAGCAAAUUUGCGGGCAAAGCGGCGAAGGAGGUGAAAGAAGCCUUGACGUCUCAUGUUGGCGUCUCCAGAUUUCGACAAAGACUCCUGGCUGGAGAUGGCACGUGCGAGGUCGCAGACGAUGAAAUCUUCGCUUCCGAUGGUGGCCCUCUCACGGUGAAUCUGGUGAAGUUGGCCUUCUGUCCACCUAAUGCUGCGCUCGAUCAACAGAUGAUCGAUGCCUCUCGGGGCAUCGACACGGCGAGGCUUGAAGAGCUGCUGAGACGCCCGCGCAACCCCAAUGUGAUGGAUGAAUUUGGCCAUACACCCUUGCACUACGCUGCUUUGAAUGGACGUCUGGAGGCCAUGCGCCUCUUGCUAGAGGCCGGCGCCGACAAAGACGCCCUAUCGGUCAAAGGGAGGUUCGAGGCUGUGCGUUUGCUUAUUGAACAGGAGGCUGCUUUGGAUCGAACAGAGGCCGAGGCAACGCCGUUGAUUGCUGCAGCCGGUCAGGGUCACCUUGAUGUCGUGCGCUUGCUGGUUGAAGCGGGCGCGGACAAGAAUUUUGCCAUGAAUGCCGGGGUUGCUGGUCAUUCUACGGCUUUGGAAGUAGCGACGCGACGAGGUCACAAGAAUGUUGCGAGCUAUCUCGCGGAACUCAGUUGA